CAGUUUUUAGGAUACAGCAGAGUGAAUGAGGAGGCUAGAGAGAGAGAGAGCGGGAUGCUGACAGACUCCUGAUAGAUGGUUAAAAAUGGCGAAAUCUCGUUCGACCCCUGCGAGCCACCACCUGACUGUAGCACUGUAGGUCGGAACAUGUAGUAUCUGAAGCUGGACGUCUGCGCUCCUUUCCCUCUUUUUUUUUCUUUGACCCGUGUUUGUUCAUCUCACGUUGUUCUCUGCGAGUGCUGGAAUAUCUUCCGUGUUUAAAUGGCAUCCACAAGGCGCCGCCGCCUUCUGUGCUUUUUGGGAAUACUCCUGAACGCUUUAAUCGGUGUGAUGUGUGAGGCAGAGCUGUCCUUCACCUUGGAGCCCAGUGACAUUAUCGCUGUGCAGGAGCAGCCUCUCAUGCUCCACUGCCAGGUGGAUGGCAUCCCCCCGAUUACGACACAGUGGAGGCGUAAUGGCCUACUUUUAACUCAGGACCAGCAUCAUACCACCUUCAUCAAUGGCUCACUGCUGAUCGCGCACUUCCAGAAGACCAAAUCUGACGGCUCCUCUGAUGAGGGCGACUACGAGUGCAUCGCCCAGAAUUCCUUUGGGUUGGUGGUGAGCCGUAAGGCACGCAUUCAGGCAGCCACCAUGGCAGAUUUCCAUGUCCAACCCGAGUCAGUGCACGCUGAGGAGUCCGGCGUGGCCAGAUUCCAGUGCCAGAUUCACGGCCUGCCAGAGCCGGUCAUCAGCUGGGAAAAAGACAGCCGUCCAGUGGACACCAGGAAUGAGAGGUACACUCUCCUGCCCACAGGCGUUCUUCAGAUCACAGGAGUGCGUGAGGAGGACAGUGGAAGGUUCUGCUGUGUGGCUCAUAACAGUGCAGGAGUGAAACACAGUGCUGAGGCACUCCUAACAGUUUCAGGCUCUCAGUCAUCUGUUUACAAAGAACCUGUGAUCGUGGUCGGUCCAGAAAACCUAACCCUCACAGUUCACCAAACGGCUAUCUUGGAGUGUGUUGCCACUGGAUACCCUCGGCCCAUUGUGUCAUGGAGCAGACUAGACGGCCGUCCCAUCGGGGUGGAGGGAAUCCAGGUGCUCGGCACAGGAAACCUGAUGAUCUCAGAUGUUGGUGUGGAGCACUCCGGGGUCUACGUAUGUGCCGCUAACAAACCAGGGACGCGUGUGCGCAGGACUGCUCAAGGACGUCUGGUGGUCCAAGCUCCAGCAGAAUUCGUUCAGCCUCCGCAGUCCAUCGCCCGGCCCGUCGGCACCACCGCUAUCUUCACCUGUCAAGCGCGGGGCGAGCCUGAGCCGCAGCUCACCUGGCUGAAGAACGGGCAGAUUCUGGAGCCCGGGGGGCACGUCAAACUCAGAAACAACAACAGCACACUGACGAUAUAUGGCAUCAGCCAGGAUGACGAGGCUAUCUACCAGUGCAUCGCUGAGAACAGCGCGGGCUCUACGCAGGCCAGUGCCCGCCUCACGGUGCUCUGGGCUGAUGGACUGCCUGGCGUUCCCACCCACGUGCAAGCAGAGGCCCUCUCCCCCACCACCAUACAGGUGUCCUGGAGGGAACCCGAUAAAAACACUCAGGACAUCAUCGGUUAUGUGCUCCACAUCCGCCGGACCUCAGACCCAGCGGAGAUGGAAUACGAGGAGGCCGUCAGUAAGGUCACGCUGCAGCAGAUCAUCCGGGACCUGGAGCCCUCCACCAAUUAUACCUUCUAUGUGAAGGCCUACACAUCCCAUGGGGCCAGCAAACCUUCGGACAGUGUCACCGAGAGCACUCAUGGAGAGGUGCCAGCUCCUCCUUCCCUCUACACAAAGGUGGUGAACAGCAGUGUUGUACAAGCAACAUGGGAGUCCUCCUCCAAGAUGGGCCAGCCUCAGGGCUUCAGGCUGUAUUACAGGAGAGCGCACACACCACUGUUCACUGGGCCCAUCACCUUCCCUCGCAACAUCACCCAGUACAACAUCACUCAUCUGGAUUCCUCACUGGUCUAUGAGAUAAAGUUGAUUGCUCACAACCAGCAUGGAGAUGGGAAUGCCACCAUACGAUUUGUUUCACUUCGGGAGGCAGUGGCCAAAUCAGUGUUGGACGGCCCAUGCGACUGUGUGAAAGAUGAGCAGGGCAAAACAUCCACCACGGGCAUCAUAAUCGGCAUUCACAUCGGCAUUACCUGCAUCAUCUUCUGCGUGCUCUUCCUCGUCUUCAGCUACCGUGGCAGAUUAAUGAUGUGUAAGACAGUUCAGGCCACCCCCCAGGCAGGGAACGGCGCUGCUGUGGACUCUUCUUCGUCUUCCCAGGGAGCCUCUGGGCUUAACGGGGCUGCCAGAAGAGAGAUGGAGGUCAAUGGCAGCGCAGCGAGGAAGAAAGUGGUUGACAGCAAUGAGCUUGAGAGCCUUUUCAUGCAGCCGAACACAAGAGAUAUGUGCAUGUCUGAUUCCUACAUGCUGAAUGACACCCAGCUGUCUACGAUACCGCUGGAUGAGUUUGCCGUGGAGAGGGAAACCCAAUUCCGAGAGACUCCUGCAGCAGGAGCAGCUCAGCAGGACCAAGGCUAAUGAUGUAUGAAGGCCAAUUCACACGACACUGUCCAGUGUCCACACAGACUUUUCUCUCACUCAGGUUGACAGAUUGUUGUUGUUUUUUCAAAGUCGUCAUUCCUUUUGUGCAAAGACUUUUUUUUUAUAAAGGAGUUCUGGAGGAUCUAGGACUGUAUAUCUGGUCUGGGCUGUUUCUAUCUUGGGAGCCCGAUGAAUUUUUAGUUUUUGUUUUGGUCUUUGGUUAAUUUCCUGGUGUUGGGCAGCACAGAAGACAGAGGCCCCAGAAUGUCCUUGUUAUACAAUGGUUUUAUUUUUAAGUUUAUAAAUAUAUGUAUAUAUAUAAAUAUAUACACUAUAUCUUUAUCACUUAUAUGUCAAAGCGGUUAUAAGUUAUUGGUCUUAUCUCUACUUUUCCGUGGAUGUCAAAGACUCCUGCUGCCUACUCUCACCUACCAAUGAUUCCACCUUCUUGUUCACAGAAGAUCUCAGCCUUCUUCCAGGGAUUCGAUAUAUUCUGCCUCAGGACUUUGUUUCGGUGAUAUCAACAUUUUUUUUUAUGAGUUUUCGGCCUUCAUGCAGGCGUUAGACUUGGCUGCGUGAACCUUGCGAUAGAAAGAAAAGAAAGAAACCUACCUCAGCCGGAAUGAAUGUGUAGUGGGAAGCUUUUAGGGACUUUACCUUCCCCUGUGCUCACAGUUACUUUACAUGCAGAGGAAUUGGUUUGGAAGUGACAAAAUCAGGUGCCGCUCUACCUCAGAUGUCAAGAAUCAUCUCUCUUCUCCUGCUUGUCGAAGUAAAACAGAAAAAAUAAAGAAAACAAAAAAAAAAAGUAUCCAACAUAAAGCACUUCCAAAUGCUGAAAUUAAUGUUCUACCUCAAGAUAACAAUGUUAAUGUUGUCGCUGUUGUUGUUGUUUGUCUGUUUAUUGCAUAAUGAAAAACCCUCUUUUGGCCCUUUGUGAAGUCCUGGCUUCCCUCUGUUGAUGAAUAUGGUGUUUGUAGAUACAGCGUCAGUACCUCAUGCAAGCUGACAGACUGAUAACAUGUUGGACGAGUUACGGUGUGUUGGAAAUAUGUAUGAAUUAUGCUAAUCUAUUGUAAGCCUUUUGCUAGAUUUGACUUUAUUUUAAAGAUUGUAAUUUUUUUUCCCACCGUAGUUGCUUCAGUUGAAUGACAAGACUGUUAGAGAUACACUGCAUUGUUAAUGACAUCUUAAAGACUAAUUGUGCAUGAGAUGAGAUGUCAUGUGAAGUUUUAUUGAUUAAAAUAAGCAAAACACUUAAUGCAUAGACAACAUAGAUGUAGCUACAAUUGGCAUUGUGAUUUAAUUGUGUCCGCUUGCAUGCAUGUGUGAUUUUAUUUUAAAUGGAAUGGAUGGGGUUUUUUUUUUUUUAAAUAGAUAAAACUAAAUUGAGCACAAAUGUUAACAGAAAAUGGCCCGUGUCCACAAAUAGUUUGGAUAAUAUUUUUGGAAAAUUUGCUUAUUGGCUUUCUUGCUGGCAGAUGAAACCGCUCUCAUUUCAUCUUUUGUCAGUUUUAAGGUCAUAGCUGUUUGGCAAGUAGCCUAGUCCUAAUUCCAAAAUUGUUGUUAACCAUCCCCGGUUUCUUAGAUGGUUAGAUGAGGGGAUUAAAAAUCGAAAUUCUCUAACACAUGCUAUUAAAUAUAUCUUUUUUUAAUAUAUAAAAAAGCCAAAGCUUAAAAACAACUAUUUGGAAGAGAUUUGUCUAUUAAAUACACGUAUCUGCUAUUUCUUUUAUUUUGUCCUGUUAUCUAAUAUUUAACUGUAGUUUUGACAGCAGAGAUAUGAGAGCGGUAUUUAACCUCUGGAAAGAAAGCAAAACAAGCUCUAAUUUAUUUUUUUUGACAGCAGUGUAUCUCUAAACUUUUUAUGAAUAUUUGUGUCAGCAUCACCUUCUUAUUUUGUUUUCACAUCACAUUUCCAACCUCCUUUACAAACGCAGCAGUAGCCUUUUAUUUCUCUUCUGGUGCCCAGUAGACGUAACAGUUGCCGGUUAAGCUUGUUUACUGUUACUCUUCUCAAAACUAUACUUGCUGCUCAGCCUUCUCCCUCCUAUCAACGCUGACUAUGUGCUUCAGGUGCUUAUAAUAUCUUUGAAUGCUGACGAGCACAGACAGAGAGCUGGCUGAGGGAGAUGGGCGGUUGUUGGGUAGCUAAACAAUUACAGGGCUUUUCUCUCGCCGGCUCUCUGCUCAGUGUUGUCACUUGCUGUACAGGAACUGAUUUGAUGCAUUAUGGUUACCUACCUCAACCUUGUUGUUGGCCUUUCUCUCAGGUCUUAAUGAAGGACACGUACAGAAUAUAAACAAUGAAAUUAAUGUAUAUAUAUAUCUACAGUCGUGUGACACAGUAAGUAUAUCUCAUGGAAAUUGCUGGCUUUUAUUACAUACUGGAGCAAGCAAAAACCAGGUCAUCUUUGAAACAAUGCCUGAAGAUAACCACUCAACUUUUUACUGAACAAAAAUAGCAGAAGAAGUUAAGCUUAAACUCAAAUACAUCAGAAGCUAGUGUUGCCCAAUAUAGCAGUAAUUACAUCUUGUAAGCCACCUGCUCAGUUUUAACAAGGCUCUUCACCUGAAAAACUGCUUGUUAUCGGUGCCCUAGCAGGGCCUGCUUUGCUCCAGAGGAUGUAUCUGGCUCAUUCUCCAGCCUGGAGUAACAAAUCUUUGUGCAGCCGUUUCUGUGGCGAGUACUUAAAGCCAGAGAGAGGAGCGCUCUAGUGCCAGAGAGCCUUUUUGUAUUGCGGCUUGUGAGCUGUGUGUCUGUGGUUACUUGUGGUGCGUCUUAGUUGAAUUCCCAGGUGGAUUUUUCAACUGGUACGCCCCCUGAGGUCAGACUUCCAAUUAGCAAAUUCAGCACAGCCCCACCAACCCAGACUUAAUAAUUCAGUUUGGCAGCAAGUUACGUAAACAUUAGUAAAACUAUAGGGAAAUGUGGGGGCUCAUCCGGGAUUUUGAAAAAGAAGGCCUUGAGACCACCUUUGUUUUGUUUUGUUUUUUCUUUUGUUAUUUUUGUUUUGUUUUGGGGUUGGGGUUUUGGGGGGGGGGGUGUUAUACAUUUGGCUGGCAUGGCAGGUGUUGCUUACUGAGUAUAUGACUUUCCAGUUAAAUCCUGUGUGUCCAGCUAAGUUACUUUAGUUCUUCCUUCUGGCCAUUUUUUGUUGUGCUGCCUUUUUUAUUUUUGGAAUAAUACUGCAGGGUGAUAAUUUUCCUGGUGGUUGUGAGCAAUUCAAGACACAACAGUUGGGGUUCUGCUCUUGGGACUGAGUGGCCACUCCUGGACAAAUUGACAGUCUUGAACAGUGUUUCACUUGUUGUGAAGCAAAGUGUAAAUAUUUAUUUGAUAUUAUUGGGCAAUCUUUUGAAAUUCUUUUCCAGACUGUAAGCGAAGCACAACAAAUAUUUUCUUUGUAGCUGAUCAGUUUGAAAACUUUUCAUUUUACCGUAUAUGGUAUUGUUUUAUAGAUAUCACCUUUAUCUACAGGCAUUGUUUCCUAAGGGAUCAAAUGUUUGCCCCAAUAUGUCAAAAAAUAAAUAAAUUCACACGACUGUAUAAUAUAAAUACAUAAAAAAUUGCAAUUGUCAAAAUAUGCUGGACAGACAGAGUCAAUAGAAACAGACACAAUAGGAGGGGGAACAUUUUAGGACCUUUAUGUUGUGCACUAAUUAUUUAAGCAGUUCAAGUUCAUGCUUAAUUUGUAGUGAUUGUUACUUUUAUUACUAGCACAUCCAUUUUUUUCAGUAGUGAUUUACUUUAUGUCUUCUCUAAACAUAAAUAAGUUUAACUGAAUCAAAAGUGGGUGGCACGUACAACUCGACAUCAUGCACACAGAAAAAACACUUUCAAACCUCUUUGGUGCAUCCAGGUAUGAGAUACUGUAAACAGUAAAAUGCUGACACUAGCACUUUUUUAUGAAAAUGAGCUUGUCAUGUCUCUGCUGCCUUAAGUAACUAACAUUAGUGUAAGAUGAUUGCAUUUAACAUCAGCCAUCACCUUUGAUUGAAUCCAUGGUGUUGAACGCAAAAUGCUUCCUGGUGCUACUCCUCAGGCAGCUUUGUGUUAUCCAUUCAUCAGCCUUAAUAGUAGGAAGCAUAUUAACAGCUUCGUUUCUGACAGGUGGCAGGGCAUGCAAUGGUUCAAAGGUCACAGCAUUUUUUAGCCCAGUGGAGCCAACUAAUGCAAAAUGACCUGUGUUCUACUAAUACAUCAUACAUACAGUAGGAGUGCUUUUUAAAAGCAUGCUUCGAUUAUUUCAGCACUGUGUUCAGAAUCAUACCAUCUGGUCAUCCACCACAUUCAAACUGAGAGUUAUACGUGUCCCCACAAAAACAGUAAUUCACCUGUCAUUUUAAUGUGUUAUGCAAACCAGCAUUAGAGUCAGUCUCACUUUAGUGAUCAUCUAGGUACUAUGUUUUAUGCCUUUUAAAUUUGUUUGCAUAUGCGUAUUUCUUUGCAUUUCUCUGGUAUCUAUUUCAUGCAUUUAAUUGUACACUGUGUUGUUGAUAUCAUAACCAGUGCUGGGGGAAAAAAGAAAUGGCAACUGUCAAAACAGUAGAACAAAUGCUUGACCUAAAUGUCUCCUCUGUGUAUAUUCACUAACUGCAGAUUAGUUUCUCUCUGGGGCUCCUGCAGCUUUAAUCAGUGUUUUCACCUCUGUGGAGAGAAAUUUCACAAAGGACACAAUGGGUAUUUUUUUCUUCCUUACUUUGUUCCUCAGUCCCUUGGUGUCAUUUAAGGUUAAUGUCCUCUUGCAGGAAAUUGUGCACCACUGUGGAUUUGACAGGCGUUAGUGUCAUACGGGCGUUUAACCUGAUUCACCGUGGAUGCGGUGCGGUGAUCAUCAUGUUUACUUGAUUAGACUUUGAUAGGUCAGGUUGUCAUAUUGCUGUAUAAUAUUAGAACCUGUGUGAUUUAUUGGGGUGCUUAAAGCUGUUCUCACUGACUGACUGGUGCUGUAAUCCAUCAACUGAGGGGAGCAGGUGAUUCUUUUGCUGAUAUGGUUAGUCAAACUGAGGCCUUUGUCUUACAUAUUCUGCAGUCUUGAGAAGUGUUUCAUCACUAAACGCUGCUCUUGUCAGUGAGACAGCCUCCUUUGUUCCUUGUUCAAGAAUCCUGACCUUUGGUCAGGGAGGGCGUGUGCUCAGGGACUCUCUGAUCCUGUGUUAUAUGCAUCUCAGCCGGCCAUACAGUUGGCGUACUGGACUUGACUUUCCUCAAUUUCUGCUUUGUGCCCAGUUCAGACAGAUUUGCUGCAAGGAAUGCCAUCGUUGUCUGUCAUUAAAACUGGAAUUGUUAUGCUUUUACUGCUUUCUGUGAUAUACAUAGCUGUCGCAAUGGUCAUGACCAAAGAUUCAAACAAUGGUUUCAAAAUAUCUGCAAGUAAGCCCAAAAUCUCAGGCUCUGCUCUAAAUUCUCAAUUUCAGACAGAUUUUUCUACUCUAAAAAGAAGGGAAAAAAAGAGGGGAUAUACCUGGUAUGGUCACUUCAGGUACGUCUCUCCGGCUAUGUUUAAACUUUGUGUUUGCAAAGGGCAGCCAAUCAGAAGAAAGUUGGUAAUUGAAGUUUGUACUACUUGUUUCAGACAAGAUAAAAUUAAGAGCUUCAUCAAAGCCCAGCAUAAGAUAGGUAAGGUUUACUCUGAACUGUGAAUCGUACAAAGCUAUCCUCAUCAAAAAUAUUCAAUUAUAAAUGAGCACAACAGGUCCACUUUAACUUGCUCAGAGAAGGUGUUGGCAGGAUAAUGGUUAUUUAACUGUCAUUUUGCCUUUGUUUGGCUCCUCUGAUAGGAAAAGGAACAUUUGUCAUAAAACAGUUCAUCCGCCCCUUAAGUGUACCGAGGGGUGAUGAAAACAGGGAGGCACAUUCACAUUUGCAUCAUGUUACAAUUUCAGCAGAAGAAAUCAUGUGACAAUAGUAACAUUCACAAGGACAAUCUAGAUUUUUAUAAGAAUAUGCUGCUUUUCUUUACUUUGUAUAUUAAAUAGAAUAAUUUGGGGGUUCGACUCUGGGUCAGGCAAGAAAAAACAAAAACACAAAAAACAUUUUAAAUAAGCUUGAGCUUUAGAGAAAUUAGUAAAAGCACCAUUAUCUUAAAUUUAGUUGGACCAAAUAUUUGAUCAAAUUGACUAAGAAAGUAUUUAGAAGAAAAAACCUUUGGCUGGAGCUGUCAUUUCUUCAUACUUAUUCUACUACCCUCAGGUUCUUAAAAAUAAAACAUCCUGGACUGGGCAUGUGCAGGGUUUCUUUCACAUAUGGUGCCAAUAUGGCUCCAACUCUUCAUGCUCUUAUAAUACAUUGACUAAACACAGGUAACCAUAUCAAGUCAGGGGGAUAAGAUAGGCUUAGUCUGGCUAGAUUGGCACUGUAUUGUUGUAUGAUGUCUGUUAUGAGUGUCAGUGACUCUGUGGUUGAUCUCAGUGACAAAGACAUUUAGGAGACCCGAAAUAUUAACUUUUUUCUUUUUCUAAUAUCCACGCCUAAUUCAACUUUGCCCUUUUUUAAAAGUCCUUUACAUUAUGUGGUACUGAUUGUUGUGGCACCAAAUGACUAUCUGAGCUGACUGUAAAUUGAUUACAUUUCCAGUACAUUUAUCUCUAUGGUGUUCUGCUCUGAUACACUGAUGACUGUAUGUGUCAAAUAAUGCUGAGUUUCAGGAUUUUCUGAGUGAUUUAUACUGUUGUCAAAUGGUGGUUUAUUGUAACUGUACUUUAAUGUUUGAUAUCAGUAUUAUAUUUUACAUGCUCCUGUCGAGAAAGCAGAUUGAAUUCAGUAUGUUUAAAAAUAGAAGGCAGAAAAAAACCCUACAGUGAAUCUGCAUGAGAAACAAAAAGCUGGUGUGUUAUUUUAGACCUAAUUGAAAAGUUUUAGUUAAUCCUUAUUGGCAACACUGUGAUAUUUAGCCAAAUCGUGACAAAAAAAUACAAAAAAAAAUCUUGUGAUCUCAGUAUGGUACUAUUGAUUGUCAGUCUGUUUUGCUGGUGUAUAUUGAUGAAAUAGGCUGAGUGACCUUUUUUUCUGUUGACAAAUCUAAGUCUGCCUUGUCCUCGCUGAUGCCUGAUGAUCACCUCAUUCUCAUCCUGUUGCCACCAGUCAUCCUCACAUGAGUGACUCAGGCUGAGGUCCUGCCAGUGCUGUCACAGUUAAAGUGAAAAAGGUGUCUUUGUUUUCCUUCACAAAGCAUCUGCGGUGAGGACAAUGUGUGUUUUAUAUCGACGUUGUCAGCAUGAGCUAAAGCCACUCAGUCAUCAUUUAAUCAGCUGCUUAAAAGGAAAAAAGAGCUCCUGAGUAGAAUCUACACUGCAGGUGUAAACCGCCCCCCCCCCCCUGCAAAAUUUGGUGCCAAGCACUGGAGUGAGCAACAGUUUCGUACGAGAAAUGCAUUGCUAAAUUUCCACAUGCACAGCAACUUAAACUUGCAGCACUGCAGGCAAAACAAAAUUUAGAAAGUUAUGUCAAUAUGAUGUUGACAUACUAAACCAUGUAGGCGUAUGAAUGUGUGACCUGUUCUUACCCAGAGUUUCUGGUUUCACCAAGAAUUUUGUAUAAAAGUAGAAAAAAAUGCUGAUGGGAUUAUUUUUAAUCAUUAAAGCUCUUAACUGAACUAUGUUUCCACGCCAAGGAUUUAAACCUCCCACACCUUGUCACCACCUCCAGUGCUGAGAAGUGAUUGCAGAACUCGAGACUGCAUCGGUGAAGUUUAAUUACUGGGUUUAAAGCCCACGAAACACAUUUCCUUAGUACAUUAAAUAUUUACGAAUAAAUAAGAAGCAAACAGUUCAGAAAAGAAACCUCCCUGAUUAUUCAGUUUUAAUCUGCUUCAUCCAAACACAUUCAAUUUGCUGUCUGGUGAAAAUGCAUCUUCUUUUACAUGCUGAUAUAUUGUCAAUAUAUUGCAUCAAACAUUACUUGACUUGGGGCUCACUGUAGUCUCUAAUCAGAAGAGGCAUUACUUUUAAGCAUAUUUGGCUCAUGAUGCUUUUUUUUUAAAUCAACAUCUUUUAAGAAAUUCAUCAUUAUAUAAAUAUCUUAUUAUAUUUUAAUGUUGGUUCUAAAAGCAGUGUCUUUAUGGUCCAAGUCUGAACCACAAUAAAGGGCACCGUAGGAAAAAUCUGCCCUGUAGAUUUGUUUUUACUGGCUUUACAUGCUGUAUUAAAAUGUGUUAAAUUUCUGUUCUAUUCUAUAACCAUUUAUUCCCAGCAGGGUUCAAAUGAGGUGCCAGAAGUUGAAAAAGAGUAACUAUAUGGUGUAGCCUGUUUUUUGUUUAAAAAAAAAAAAAAAAACAGUUGCAAAGGAAUAAAGGAGCACAAUAUUUUAAAUUUAGCUCAUGAUCAUGCAUAAUCAUGUCUGUCUGUCCGUCUGUCUGCUGAGGUCACUGCCGAUAUCUGUUUCUCUCCCACAGUUUACUUCAGGUCAACACUAGAUAGUUUUAAAAGUGUUCUCAGAGAGCUGUGUCAUGGAUCACUGCUGUAUAAAAAGGUUUUGUUUCUACGCUCUCUCUAGAGACCAUGUUGGUGCAACUAUAAAUUGUAAUCUGCAUACAUAUCCACAUAUACUGUAUAUACUGUAUGUGUGUAUGUAUAUGCUUUAAAGGAAAAAUAGACCAUUUUUAGUGGUUUGUAUUGUUUUAGGGUUCAUUGUGCAACACUGAUAGGAGAAAAAAAACAAUAACAGUGAUAAUAAACUAGCUCUAGUGAUAAUGAA